AUGAAAAAAAAGGUUUUGUCUUUGGUACGAUCUUCCCUCCGUCCAUCUCCAUCCAAAUCCUCCAUCACCGCCUCAACAUCGAGACUCUCUUCUCAAUCACGUCCUUCUCCUUCCCCUUCCCCUUACUUUCUCAACCGUGUAACGGAAUACGCCACCGCGGCUGCCGCUGCAUCUCCCGUUCCUCCUCCAGUUAGGAAAGUUUGCGGCGGUGAUGGAAAGAUUACUGAUGAACAUACAGGGAAAGGUGCCAUUGGACAUAUUUGUGCAAUCAUUGGUGCUGUAGUGAAUGUGAGAUUCGAAGAUGGAGUGCCUCCGAUCCUUACCGCGCUUGAGGUUCUUGAAGGCUCGCAACAGAUUGUGUUGGAGGUUGCUCAACAUUUAGGUCAGGGUGUUGUUAGAACUAUUGCUAGGCUACUGAAGGUGUUGUUAGAGGAUGGCGUGUUCUCGAUACCGAAUUCUAUUUAUUGCUAUUUCAGAGAUUUCAGAGAUUGA